AUGUAUAGGGCCCCUGCUGCAUGCACUCCUCUCAGCAGGGGGGCCCUGAGGAGUUGGAGUACUGCAGCAGCAACAGCAGCAGCAACAGCAGCAGCAACAGCAGCAGCAGAAGGACUUCAUGUUGCAGCUCCGUGUGCUGCUGCUGCUGGGGCAGCAGCAGCAGCAGCAGCAGCAGGUGCUGCUGCUGCUGCUGCAGAUAGGCCUUUUGCUGUGCAAAGUUUAAGAGACAAACAGAAGAGACACUUCAGCAUUUGGAGCAAGUGGAGGCCCUGGGGACACCAAAAGCCCGAUGGGAAGCAGCAGCAGCAGCAGCAGCAGCAGCAGCAGCAACAGCAGCAGCAAGGGGAAGGCGCUGCAGCGGCUGAUGGAGGCGACCCGCGCAGCACCGGCACUCUACCCGCAGCAGUAUCAAUAGAAGCAACAGCAGCAGCACCAACAGCAGCAGCAGCUGCUGCUGCUGCUGCAUCUGGGCCUGCUGCAUUAUCUGCUGGUAUUAUUCGCUCUCGUCUAAGAGAAGCAGCAGCAGCAGCAGCAACAACAACAGCAGCAGCAGCAGCAACAACAGCAGCAGCAGCUGCAGCAGGGCCUCGAAUUGCUUCAAGGGGGCCCCCUCGUCGGGGGCCCCUCCGUUGGGAGGCCCCCCGAUGGAGUGUAUGGAUGCUGUCAAGCAGCGUGCUGCAGCAAGAGCUAAAAGAAAUAUUUGCUGCUGCUUCUUCUAGUAGAGCAGAAGACAGCGGCAAGGACACAGCUUAUUCAACUUGUGAAGUACGUAAGCCCUUGGGGCCCCUACUAACUCGUCUCUCUAAGUCAAACAUCUUUCUUGCUGCUGCCAAGCAGCAUGCUGCUGCUGCUGCUGCUGCUGCUGCUCGUAAACCACCACCACCACCACCAGCAGCAGCAACAACCGCAGCAGCAGCAGCAGCAGAAACGCCCGCAUCAGCAGCAGAAACGGCCGCAGCAACAGCAACAGCAGCAGCAGAAACGCCCGCAGCAGCAGCAGCAGCAGCAGUAGAAGAGCGACGCGCAGCAGAGGAGCAGCUAUUAAUGCAGCUAGUAGAUUUCUACACCACACGAGGGUUCGACAGACACCUGGGGGCCCCUCAGUUGCUGCUGCUUAGAAAAGGAGUCAAGGGUUUUCAUCCGAGCAGAACAAAAGGAGGUGUAGACGGCUCUCCCCCGAAUAUCAAUAAACAACAAUUUUGCGCAUUCGCACUCGGGCCCGCACAGCCUGACGCACCACGGGGCCCUCCGCUGAAGCGCUAA